CGAGGACUUUUGGUCCCCAUUUAUCAGGAUGCCCAUGGCACUAACGAUCGGACAAGAGGGCUAACUAAAAGGACGCCCUAGCCUCCCUGUCUAGCUGCUGGUCGAGACUUGCCAUCAUCAUCUUUCCGACAAAAGGUUUUGGCUACUCGAAUAACAAUAUACUAUCAGAUCCAAACUCAAGAUUCUUCAUUUUCUUCAUCACCAUCUCCCUUAUAUGAGAAACGCAAGAUACCAGCGCCAGUUAUCAUCUUUACUGGCCACUGGCAGUAUCAAGCUUUCUAUACUCUCCACACCUGCUAGUCUGCCUAGUCCAUCUCUUAAAUGCGCUACCUCAACCCCGAACGGUCGCCACCCUUCAACGUCACUCACGCCACUAUUGCGUCCCCGAACUACAACUAUCUCCCUCCUUCCCCCGCACACUCUUUGAAUUGCACUGUCGACGACUCACCCAUUAACGACAGAAUGACCAAUGCGAACACACGGCCUAAUGGCCGGCCCUCGACUGAGAGCGAGGAUGAGCACUGGCAAACGAGAGAUCAACCGCGCGGAUCGCGGUCUCGGCAACCAUCUAAUGCCCACCCCCAGGUCAGGCAUCGCGCCUCACGCGCAGGCACCCGCUCGGUCAACCGCCUCUCCGCCGCCCAGCUCGCGCGCAAGCGUGCUAAUGAUCGCGACGCGCAGCGUGCCAUCCGGCAGCGCACCAAAGACCAGAUUGACUCUCUGGAGCAACAGGUGAAGCAGCUUACGGACCCGGAGAAGGAGAGGCGCACAUGGAUUGUCCACAUGCGCAACCGCCAGCUUGAGGACGAAGUCGCCACCCUGCAUGAACGCAUCAGCGCCAUGGAGAUGCGGAACACAGGCGCCAUGGACUCUGGCGCCCCGCUCGGUGACCCCAUGGGUGGCCUUAAUCGUAACCUGCGCCCCCAUGACCUUAGCAUGGAGUGGCCUGGUAUGGACAUGGCAUAUGGCGGGGCCCAUGACCUCCCUGGAGGCUUCAGCGGCUCAGGCAUGGUGCUCCCGCGCGCAGACACGCCAGCUGGGGCGAGUGACAUGGCGACGUACGCGCCGUCUGACGGGCUAAUCUCACCCUUCCCCCAGACGGAAUCUCCGGCAGCCAGCUUCACGGAUAUGGACCCCGCAUCCCGGAUCGGCUUUGCCGGUGGCGGCGGCGGCGGCGGCGGCGGCGGCGACGACCUAGGCAUCAGCAGCGAUCUGGCUUCGCCGCAGUCAUGGACGACGGUCACAUCGCCUUUUGAUCUCGAGGACGGAUCUAUCUUCUCCCCGGCGCCCUCGGCUUACAUGUCUCCCUCCGGCAUGCCAUUCGCUUUCCAGGGCCAACCUGGCCAGACAGGACAACAGAUGGCGCCGACGAGCGCGCCAAGUAAUAUUCCAAGCAGAACUACUUAUAAUUUAGGGACCGCCCCCUCGGCUCCACAACGACAGCAGCAGCAACACGCACAACCACCCCUCCAAAGCCCACAACCACUUCAACCCGCUCCUCCGCAGCAAAUGCUCCAACCCAGCCCCCAACGGCCACUCUCCCAAGCCCCCCUCCACCCAUCAACCCACCAACAACCUCCACCCUGGACUCUCACCCCCCGCCUCCUUGCCCCCACAACCCCCCUCGACGCACUCCUCCAUCACGCCUUGACCGCCCACCGCGCCUAUCUCUCCGCCGCCUCCACUGAUCCUCCGAAGCCAAUAUACACAGACCUAUAUCCCUCGCCACCCGCGCACCCACCUUUGCCACCCCUAUCCGCCGCACUUACCCGCGCCGUCCUCGCUGGUGGGUUCCGUACACCAGCUACUUGUGCUGCGGCGCUGUCGCUCGCGCACUCCGUCGCAAGAUGGAUGGCACGGCCUACAGAGGGCACGUACGCGGGUGUACCUACGUGGAUGCGUCCCAGUCCCCGCGAACUAGGGGGCCUGCCGGCGUGGGCAGCGAUGAUGGUGCCGUUUGGUAGGGUGAGGGAAAAUGCUGUGGCUGGGGGUGAAGGGUUGCUGAGGGACUGGCUUACGGGGGUGGAGUUUGAGUGGGUUGGGGAGGUGUGGGAUGGUAAGGGCGGUGUGGUAGAGGGGUUUGAGAAUGCGGUUAGGGAUAUGGGACGGUGGAAGGUUGGGGGACGGGUGGCGGAGAUGCUUAAGGAGGGGGGUGGGAUGUGA